AUGACAACACCCGCGCCAGCACGCGUAACUCCUCCACCAGAGUGCCGCUUCCUCCCUGAAGACAGACAGAAGCAGCGCACAGCAUGUCGAAUUCUCCACGCCGAGGGUUGGAAUGGCUGUCCCACGGGCUUCACGUCGGGCUGCAACCAAACCGUGUCCGUCACCUCGCACUACAAGCACAGCCUGGACUGGAGCAGAGGGUUCGACGACACCAUGACUCCCCUGACGGUGACGGAAAGAUGGCAAACGGCGAUGGUGCAAGUGAUAUGCUGCCCCGACGCCCUCAAGUACGAGUGUGACUCCGCCCACGUAAUGUGCACAACUCACGUCCAGACACAGAGCGUGCUAGUCUACACCCCGCCGACAACCAGCCCGCUGCCGAAACCGACCACCACGACCCUAGGCCUCUCCGACGUCGUCCAAGGCUACGCCAUCACGGCCGCCUUCGCCGAGAUCAGCCUCGGCGGUCUCGCCUACGCCGCCGACGACCCCCGAUCCGACACGGAUUUCCACGGCGGGGCCCUGACGACCUGGUGCAGCGAGCCGCUGUGCGCCGACAUCCCGAGGACCCUGACGACGCAGCGGCUCGCCGUCACUGCGGCGGCGGACGAGUUCCGCCUGCAGGCGCCGCCGGACAUGGGCAAGGUCGGGCCGAUGGGGAUUUUUGCCAUCACGGCGCUCUUCGGGGCCAUCUUGUUCGCGGUGGGCAUGCUGGCGCCGUGGGCUUGGCUUUAUCGGCAGCGUCGGCUUGCGCAACGGGUUCAGUCGCAGUGA